AUGGACGGCACCGUUGCCCCAAGGACUAAAUCUGCAGCUGCCAAGCUAGUUAAGAGAAAUUUCCUUGAGGCUCUAAAGUUAAAUGACUUCGGAAAAUUGAAGGCCAUUUUAAUCCAAAGGCAAAUAGAUGUGGACACAGUUUUUGAAGUUGAAGAUGAGAAUAUGGUUUUGGCAUCUUAUAAACAAGGGUAUUGGUUGCCUAGUUAUAAAUUAAAGUCUUCCUGGGCAACAGGCUUGCAUCUCUCCGUCUUGUUUGGUCAUGUGGAGUGUCUUCUGGUGCUACUGGACCACAAUGCUACAAUCAACUGUAGGCCCAAUGGGAAAACCCCUCUUCACGUGGCUUGUGAAAUGGCCAACUUGGACUGCGUGAAGAUCCUCUGUGACCGUGGAGCAAAGCUCAAUUGUUAUUCCUUAAGUGGACACACAGCUUUACACUUCUGUACAACUCCAAGCUCCAUUCUCUGUGCCAAGCAAUUGGUUUGGAGAGGGGCGAACGUGAACAUGAAGACCAACAAUCAGGAUGAGGAGACGCCCUUGCACACGGCAGCGCACUUCGGUCUCGCAGAGCUGGUGGCCUUCUACGUGGAGCACGGGGCCGUAGUGGACAGUGUGAACGCCCACAUGGAGACCCCAUUGGCUAUUGCAACCUACUGGGCCCUCCGCUUUAAAGAGCAGGAGUACAGCGGGGACCACCACCUCGUCUGCCGCAUGCUGCUCGACUACAACGCCGAGGUCAACGCCCGGGAUGACGACUUUAAAUCUCCACUCCACAAGGCAGCCUGGAACUGUGACCACGUGCUCAUGCACAUGAUGCUCGAAGCUGGUGCCGAAGCCAAUCUCAUGGAUAUCAAUGGCUGUGCUGCCAUCCAGUACGUGCUGAAGGUCACCAACGUGCGACCUGCCGCCCAGCCCGAGAUCUGCUACCAACUACUGUUGAACCAUGGGGCUGCCCGAAUAUACCCUCCCCAGUUCCAUAAGGUGAUACAGGCUUGCCAUUCAUAUCCCAGAGCAAUCGAAGUUGUAGUCAACGCCUAUGAACACAUCAAGUGGAACGUAAAGUGGAAAAGAGCUAUCCCUGAUGAUGACUUGGAGAGAUACUGGGAUUUUUACCACUCUCUCUUCACUGUGUGCAGUAACUCUCCAAGGACUCUCAUGCAUCUAUCGAGAUGCGCCAUUCGAAAAACGCUACACAGCAGAUGUCACAGAGUAAUUCCUUUGCUUUCCCUCCCAUUGUCAUUGAAAAAGUACUUGCUUUUAGAGCCAGAGGGAAUCAUUUAUUAAGCCUUAUGAGACAGAAGCUCUCAAUCCUAGAUGUUUAAGUGGACUCGCUGGGUAGACACAGUUUGCAUAAAUAAAAUGGUACUUGGAUUGAUUAUAACACUUCAGGGAUUUUAAAACACUUUACAAACACGAUGUCAUUAAUCCUAGGGUAUCAUGGUGAGGGGAAAUAAAC